AGAUUCAAUGAAAUUUCACGGUGGAGCAUGCGGCGAGUGCGGCUUACGUAACGUAUUCCUUUCGUUCCUAUAUCCUCUCUAGCGGGAAUAUGUGAAGACUCGAGGGAAAGGAUUCUCGGUCGUUUAGGUCUGCGGGGGGACCUGCCGAUCCCAUGACCAGCGGAUUCGCAGUAAUCGUUAUUUACUGCUCGUGAAGAAAAAGGGACGGAAGAAAAGGUGUCAGCAUUCCGGUCAACGUCAGCGACAAAAAAUAGCGAGUAACUCAAAGAGAUUGGUGUAAGAAAAAUCGCGAUUGAAGGGAUUUUUUUGCCAUUCCAAUCGGCGAGAACGCGAUGUCGUGCACUCGUUAUCGAAUAAUGGAUCCGCAACGAGAUCGAUUGCACUUGGACUUCAAGUAUCCUCACAGCUGCUGUGCGACAACCUGCCAUACGUCUCAUACCGUCAGAAAUCCUUGUUCGACAGUCUGCAGCAAUAGGAGUUAUUCCGGGAAUCAUACAAAUUGGAAGUCGUCCGAUUUAAGCAGAAAUAAUAAUGAAACGUUUAGAGAAGGCAGGGGCGAUCCGCCGUUUCCAGACUCGAAAGUACAAAUGGGGAGAAACGCGGGUGCACACGCGUACGGGGCGACGAGGCACCAUGAAUCGGCGCCGGUGGUCUCGAUCGAGAGAAUGCAAAUUCGUCUGAAGCUCCUGGAAGACAGCAACACGACGCUGCUUCUCCGAAAUCGCGAUCUCGUCGCGGAAAACAAGAACCUGGCGAAGCGGGUAGAAGAGGACGCGCCUAAAAUGGAGAAGCUGCGAGAGAAUUUAUCAUUGUUGCAAAACGAGCUUGAUAAAGAGAGAAUCAAGCUGGCUGACGUUUUAGCAAAACAAAUGAAAUAUGACGAGGUAUGUCUAAAAAAUAAAUGCACCUCUUCGACGAAUGUAGUUUCUAAAACCGAUUACGGAUUACAAAUUUGGGAACCCUGCAAAGACUGUCACGCAGAAUUGGAGGGAUGCCAAAGGGAAUCGCUUACCCGCAUCACUAUAACGAAGUCGGAGUUUGAGUUACUGGAAAGGGAUAUGCGGACUUUGAGGGACGCCGUGAUCGUCCGGGAAGAAGCGUGGGAUAAAGCGAUGGAGCGCGAGGAGAACUGCCGACAGCAAUUAGCACGAUUGACCGCGGAGGUGAUCACCGCGCGUCACCUUUGCGAAUCUCGCCAGGACGAGCUUCGCGCGGUUACGGACACUUUGACGGAAAAAGAGUCGGAGCUGAGAAUGAUGGAGAAGGAAACGCUAAAUCUGAACAAACUAAUUGCAAAGCUGCACCGACGUCAGAGGGAGCUCGAGGAACAUGCGAGCGACGGUGUAAGUUUCGGCGGCAUUAGCGAGAGAGAUCAAAGGUACAUCGAGGAGAUCGCGCGGCGUGUACGAAACUCGAAGAGUAAAUCGAAGACAAAGUCCAAGUGCACUUCGGAUAAAUACCCGCGUUCGAACUCGGGCAGCCCUCGCGAAAAUAGGAACGGGCAGGAUCAGGCAGGUUCCUCGGACGAUCGUCGCAAAUUAAAUUUCUAAUCGUGAUUUCGUAAAUCAGCGCCUUGUGUGUUGUCCGUUUUUACAUAUAUAGACUUACUGAUGCACUUUCCACGAUUUUUAAAUUGAAUACUCUAUCAUGUACUCUCAUUAAAACUGGCUAAUGUAAACAUAUAUACAUUCCAUUUAAAUUUCUUUAGAUAACAGUAUCAAUCUUAUUCAAUCCUUAUCAAGAAACAUAAACGAUACAACUUUGAUACUUUUGAUCUUAACACGUUAUAAUUGUCACUGUACAAUUCUUCUAGAAAUUAAUUGAUAUUAAAAAAUAAUUAUUAAAUA